GAUAAUCCCACUUGACCACCCAUCCCCAGAUCAGGGAGCUCUCGUGGUUGUAAGUCGCCCCUUUCACGGGCCCCGAAAAUAGAUUCGUUUUCUCCCCAAGGUUUCUCAGUCAGUUCUUGGGCGUGUCUUUUUUAUAUCGGAUUAGUUCGUGGUGUCACAGUAUUUCUGUAAUAAAGAGGAUUAAGUUUCUAAUAGUUGAUAUAGUAGUUGACUUGUUCUGGUUUGAACUACAGUUCGGUGCGUGAGAGCGCUGGUCACUGAAGGUGAGCUCUCUGAAGGUAGGCACUAUGUAUGUCUUCGUCUUUGUGACCGACCUCUUGUGUAAUGGGCCUGGUUUAGUGUAGAGUCAGCGUCUAGUAAAUGGUGAAUUGAACUGUUUGGUGGAAGAACUGUUUUAGAACCACUAACCCAGGGUCUCAAAAACUUCUAGAACCAGGAACCGGAACCACCUCCUUUUUCUUGCAAAGCAACCGAUGCUGCCUGAGGCUUGAACCCAGCCUGAGAAACCACAUCUGAAAAACCCUGCCUGUGUCUGCAGUAUCAGCUUGAAUUCCUCAGGUUAUUCUGGGAUGGAGACUCUUCAGCAGUGUUAAAUAUUUUACCAUAAAUCUAGGAGAUGGCUUCUUUGCAAAGGAAAGGGCUGCAGGCAAGGAUUCUUAGCUCUGAAGAAGAGGAGAAACUGAAAAGAGAUCAGGCUUUGGUGUCUGAUUUUAAGCAGCAAAAACUGGAAAAAGAGGCUCAGAAGAACUGGGACCUUUUUUACAAAAGAAAUAGUACUAACUUCUUCAAAGAUAGACACUGGACCACCAGAGAGUUUGAGGAGCUCAGAUCAUGUAGAGAGUUUGAAGAUCAAAAAUUGACUAUACUUGAAGCUGGCUGUGGUGUUGGGAACUGUUUAUUCCCACUUUUAGAAGAAGAUCUGAAUAUCUUUGCCUAUGCCUGUGAUUUUUCUCCAAGAGCCGUUGAAUACGUCAAGCAAAAUCCUUUAUACAACGCAGAAAGAUGCAAGGUAUUCCAGUGUGAUCUAACCAAAGAUGACCUUCUGGAACAUGUGCCCCCAGAGUCUGUGGAUGUUGUCUUGUUGAUAUUUGUACUGUCUGCUGUUCACCCUGAUAAGAUGCACCUUGUCUUAAAAAAUAUUUACCAGGUAUUAAAACCAGGCAAAAGCGUCUUGUUUCGGGACUAUGGGCUGUAUGAUCAUGCCAUGCUCAGGUUUAGAGCUGGCAGCAAACUUGGAGAAAACUUCUACGCUAGACAAGAUGGAACCAGAUCAUAUUUUUUUACUGAUGAAUUCCUGGCUCGGCUCUUUAUGGACACAGGUUAUGAAGAAGUGGUGAAUGAGUACGUGUUUCGUGAAACUGUGAACAAAAAAGAAGGCCUGUGUGUGCCAAGAGUUUUCCUUCAGAGCAAAUUCCGAAAGUGUCCUAAGAACCCAUCUCCUGUGACCCUGGGCCUGGAUCCCAAGUCCUGACUUUUCACGAGGUUGACGUUUAUGCCUCCCCUCGUAGAGGAAAGCUUAAAGUCACACUUUAUUUUGGAUAUUUUUAUAUUUUUUUAAAUGAGGAUGUGUAAUUUUUAUAUUAAAAAGUAGCAGAUGUCUUGUGUGUGUUUUAUAGAAAUGCAAAUAAAAUUGCCAGGCCUGAAAAGUAAAGGAAGUUUUAUG